ACAGCCAUCAAGCGGAACGACCUUUGGAGGUGGAGUACUCUGUAAACAAGUAAUAAAGGUUUUCUACUGGUUUAGUCUUCACUGUUAGAAUGAAAAAGGUCCUACUGUAAGCACCUGGCGCAACGACUUUUAUUGUUGACAUGUUAAAAUUUGCAUCAAGAGGCAUAACUACAAAGGUGACGGUAUGGAGAUACUUACAAAAGCAGACAUUCAGAUCACAUAAACUCUCCACAAACUCCCAUGUGUUCUUUCACCUCCCUUCAUCACCACACAGAUGGAACCCUAAAAGCAGUUUUUUGAGCACCAGACCCAUCACCUGGAGGUUUUCAUGCCUCUGUCAUGAGAGGGCUACAGGAGAAAAUCCACAAGAACAUGAAAAAAACAGCUUCAGUCUUAAAGCUCUUUUCCAAAGUCCCAAACCAGCCUUGUAUCUAGGUUUCUCUGGGCUCAUCCCCUUUAUGUCAGCCCCAGUUUUAAUGGUAGCCACAAGUACCUUCUACCCUGAAGUCGCUUAUGCUCAGAUGGUUUAUGGAGCAUCCAUUGUGUCAUUUCUUGGAGGUGCACGCUGGGGUUUUGCUCUUCCUGAAGGCAGUCCUGCCCAACCUGAUUGGAAAAACUUGGGAAAUAGUGUGGUGCCAUCACUUCUGGCCUGGAUGGCAUUACUCUGCCGGGACAACAUUGCAGAAGGAGCUUUGGUUGUUAUCAUGGGACUUGGUCUGUCACUGCACUAUGACCUUACCCUCCUGCCUGAAUACCCUGCCUGGUUCAAAGCACUGCGGACCAUCCUAACACUGGUGGCUACUUUCUCACUUGUGGCUACACUUGCACUUAAAAAUAUAUAUUCUGAAAAGGUAAAACAAUAAACAAUUUUAAAACAUGCAAA